CGCUGACUAGGCCUCGAGUUCUAGCUGGGGAGGUGGGCGUCGGGGAGACGCCAGCGUUCGGGAAUGGAAGCCGAGGAGCCCGGCCCCAGACAUUAUACUGCCCUUCAACCAGCAUUUUAUCCUUUUCCAUUCCAUCAAAUGAUGACUGGAGUUCCAAACAUGGAGAUGAUGAAUGAAGAGGAAGCUCUUCAGGGGCCUUUGGAAUCAGACUUUGUUCCAGAACCUGUUCAAGCAACUGUUAAAGGAAGAAAGAGAAAAAACAAAACUUCUGAACCCAAGAAACCUGCUGCUAAAGUUGCCAAAUCAAAAGCCAAACAAGAAAAAAUCACAGAUACUUUUAAAGUCAAAAGGAAAGUAGAUCGUUUUAAUGGCGUAUCUGAAGCUGAAUUGUUAACCAAAACUCUUCCAGAUAUACUGACCUUCAAUUUGGAUAUUGUAAUUAUUGGUAUAAAUCCAGGUUUAAUGGCAGCCUACAAAGGCCAUCAUUACCCAGGACCUGGAAACCACUUCUGGAAGUGUCUCUUUUUGUCUGGGUUAAGUGAAGAACAGUUGAAUCAUAUGGAUGACCACACUUUGCCACAUAAAUAUGGUAUUGGGUUUACAAACAUGGUGGAAAGGACAACACCAGGGAGCAAGGACCUUUCCAGCAAAGAGUUUCGGGAAGGAGGACGGAUUCUGGUGCAAAAAUUGCAGAAGUAUCAACCUAAAAUAGCAGUUUUUAAUGGAAAAUGCAUUUAUGACAUUUUCAGCAAAGAGGUUUUUGGAGUAAAAGUUAAAAAGUUGGAAUUUGGACUCCAGCCACAUAAGGUUCCAGACACAGAAACACUUUGUUAUGUUAUGCCCUCAUCCAGUGCAAGAUGUGCUCAGUUUCCUCGUGCACAAGAUAAAGUUCAUUAUUACAUCAAGCUGAAAGACCUAAGGGAUCAGCUGAAGGGUGUCGCCUCAAAUACAGAGGUCCAGGAAGUGCAGUACACAUUUGACUUGCAGCUAGCACAAGAGGAUGCUAAGAAAAUGGCUGUCAAAGAAGAAAAAUAUGAUCCAGGUUAUGAAGCAGCUUACGGGGGUGUUUAUGGUGAGAAAACAGCCGAGGAUGGUGAACCAUGUAACUUCCCUUCAAAUGGAACAGCAACCAAUGCAGAGUACAGCAGUGAAUCUUCCUUUGGAGAUGUCCCCAAUGGUCAGUGGAUGACACAAUCUUUCACAGAUCAGAUUCCAGAUUUCAGGAAUUCUAGACCACAAGAGGAAGAAGGAAGCAAUGCUUAAAGGCUGCCUUUUAAGCCAAGCGUAACUUCUGCAGGAGUUUUUUAAAAUGCAAAUGUCAAGAAUGGUUACCUCAGUUCUCCAACUGAAGCAUUUUUAAAUAGCAUUUUACCUCUUAGUUCUCUCUUAUGAUAACCAUUUGUGUUUGUAGAUUUAGACUUAUGAAUCAGGUCACUUAAAAGAACAUGUUUUUAAAGAGAUGAGGCUUCCCUGUUUCUUUCUCUCUCUUUGUUAUUUUGUAUGAGACUUUUGUAUUUAAAUUGUACCAUAGUUGCAGUUUUAGAAAACUGACUUCUCAUUGGUGAAAACCUUUUUUCUUUUCGGUUUUGUUUUAAAUCUGUAUUUUGUAAUGUAGUUUGUGAACGUACAUUUUUAACCUAUCCCUUCAUGUAUUGGGAUAUUUCAUAUGUGUGUUAGUCCAUCUAAGGAGAGGGAAAGCUGCUUGUAGAUCUAACAUUGUUACUGGAAGUGACAUAGCACGUUAUUGUCCAGCAAAUCUGUUACACUCAGUUGUAGGCCUGCCUCUGGUGUGAAGGAGUCUUGCUUUAUGGCAGAAAGUAGCAUGCAGGCAUGUAUGUACAUCAUUUUGACUACUGCCACUUGAAUGUGUGACCUGCCACCAUUGAAAAGCAUAAGGGUUGAACCAAAUGAUCACCAGGUCUCUCCUCUGUUAAUUUAUGGGGGCCAAGCAC